CUGCUCCCACACAUCUCGUUGUUGCGAGCUUUGUGCGAUACCCCCAGAUCCAGUGCAGGCCACGCCGCGAUAAUUAAUCCGUCACAUCAAGGCUCCUGCUUUUCUUGCUCUCUAUCUUCUCAGUGAUACCCAAUACCCAUUUUCUUUUUUUCUUGAGAUACCCUGCUUUGCAAGCAAAUCCCCCCCCAAUUCCCACAAUGGCCGACACACAGAAGCCCGCCGAGGUGCCCCAGGAGACGCCUGCCGCCGAGCCCGUCGCCGAGACGAAGCCCGCCGAGACUGCGCCCGCCGAGACCACCGAGGCUGCCGCUGCUGAAGCUGCUGCCCCGGCCGCCGAGGCCACUGAGGCGCCCGCGACCGAGACCGCGGCUGCCGAGCCGGCCGCUGAGCAAGCUGCCGCUGCCGCUCCGGCCGAGGAGGCCAAGAAGGAGGAGGCCAAGCCCAUUGAGGAGGGACACCUCGAGCACAAGGGCCAGGGCGCCAACUUCCCCAAGAACCUCAUCUACUCCAAGCAGCUCUUCUGGUUCGGCUCUGAGCCGGUUGACCUCAAGGCCAUCAGCUCGUUCAAGGCCGACAAGGUCACCGAGGUUGCCCACCAUAUCACCUCAUGGGCCGCCGAGACUGGCAAGGGUCUCCUCUUCUACAGCGAGAAGGGCGACAAGACCGCCCCGCAUGGUGUCAUCCACCUUGCUGAUGCUUCGGAGCCCACCGUCGAAGGCUCCAACAAGUUCCACUUCACCGCCAAGGGCCACAAGCACAGCUUCAAGGCCUCCAGUGCUGCUGAGCGUGACAACUGGGUUGCGCAGCUGAAGGCCAAGAUUGCCGAGGCCAAGGAGCUCGCUGCCACCGUGACCGAGUCCGAGACUUACAAGAAGACCCUGGCGAGCCUGAAGCCCGCUCCCGUCAAGAAGGAGGAGAAGGCUCCCGCUGCUACCGAGGCUCCCGCCACCGAGGAGGCUGCCGCCGCCGAGACGCCCGCCGCCGAGGCUCCCAAGGAAGAGCCUAAGAAGGAGGAGCCGAAGAAGGAGGAGGAGAAGCCUGAGAAGGAGGAACCCAAGCGCCGCUCCGCCAGCCGCAAGCGCGCCUCCAUCUUCGGAAACUUCCUCGGCAAGAAGGAGGAGAAGAAGGCUGCCGAGCCCGCUGAGGCCAAGGCCACUGAGGCCAAGCCCGCUGAGCCCGAGGCCGCUGCUGCUGAGACGAGCACUGCUGCCGCCGCCGCCGAGGCUCCUGCUGCCGAGACCGCCGCCGAGCCUGCGGCUGAGUCCGCUCCUGCGGCCACCGAGGCUGCUGCGGAGCCCGAGACCAAGCCUGAGGAGAAGGCUGAGGAGGCCAAGAAGGAGGAGGACAAGAAGGAGGCCGCUGAGGCCCGCCCUGCUCACACCAAGCGUGCUAGCAUCUUCGGCGGCCUGUCCUUCGGCAAGAAGAAGGCUCCGGCUGCUGCUGAGGCUGCGCCUGCCAAGGAGGCUCCUGCCACCACGGAAGCCGUUGCUGAGACCGCUCCUGUGAUUCCCGCCGUUGAGACCACUGAGCCCCUGUCCACCGAGGUUGCUUCUCCUGCCCCCGCCCCCGCCGAGACGGCGGAGGCCGCCCCGGCCACCAACGGUGAGACCAAGAAGGAGGUCAAGACGGAGAAGCGCAAGAGCAACCUGCCGUUUGCUUUUGGCAAGAAGAAGGAGGGCUCUACUUCGGACGAGGAAUCCGAGAAGCCCAAGUCGCCUUCUGCUUUCUCCAAGCUCCGCGCCACUAUCAAGGGUAAGAGCAAGCCUGAGAAGACCGAGAAGGCCGAGGAGAAAGGCGAGGAGAAGGCCGAGGAGACCCCCGCGGUCCCGGCUGUUCCCGCGACCGAGACAGAGGCCAAGCCCGCCGAGCCCGCCGCCGAGGAGGCUGCCAAGCCCGCCGAGGCUGAGGCGAGCGCUGCUGCUCCGGCCGCCGAGGAGACUCCCGCCAAGCCAGUCGAGACGACCCCGGCCGUGACUGCCGCUGCUUAGGAAGCGACGCGGUAUGCCAUGUGAGCCACUGGGAUGUCAUGAUCAUGAGCAUCGGACCGGAUUGGAGAUGAAAACCCCACGAAAAAAAAUAUGGUAAUCAAAGCGAAUUCGCUCAUCAACGCACGCCACCACGAGAGGGACGCACCCUCCUUUUUCACGCCUCUACCCUCGGGUUUGGUCGGGAUCGGCUCUGCAUUUCGAGAUACCCUGUCAAGAUUGGUUCUCUGAUACCCACGGCUUUUGGUUGCCUGCGAGGACAGCAACGACCGGUGUGGCGCCUGCACGCCGCGGCAUCUCGCUUCUGCUACUGCUUGCUUCUGUUUCUCUGCUUUUCCUGCUCUGCGUCUGCUCGAGCAUUUUGCUCGUGCGGUACACGAAUCUCGUUACUCUCUCCCGUUUUUUCAGUGCUUUUGAUACCCAAAGUAUACCCCGCCUUAUCCUCUCGGCAAUGAGAAGGCACAGUCGUUUAGGUUGGCUUUGGGUCUGUCUGUCUGAUGAGGAAGAGGAUGCGCCGUUGGGGCCGUGGGGAAUUGGUUGACGGGGAGAGGGUGACAACCACAUAAAACAACGAAAAAAACUCAAGGUAAAAAAAGAAUUGGUGAGGAGUGCGGGGAGGAGGAGGAAGGGGUUGACGGCAGAAUUCAUCGGACGGGUGUUCUUGUCCUCGGCCUCGCCAUCUAGGGUGGGGGUUUCGAGGGAGGGCCGACCCAAGCAGAAGUCUCUAAUAGCUAAUAAUAUACCUCUCGCGUGUUGAGUUCGCCUUAU